AAAUCUUAGACACAGUUGAAUUCUUAAGAAGGAUCUGAAAGAUAAAAUAAUGACUGCUGUGUUCGUCAAUCGUCAUCGUUCCUGGGUAUCACUUUACAGUGGUUUGUUAUGCAGAACAAACAACCGGAAGCCCUUCGCUAAUGGCUUAUUGCCGUCGGGUAGGCGGGUCCUUAAAACAAACAAGAUUUGUUGGGGAUUCCAGUUUCCACUCCGUCUCUAAACAGCCCAUCAAAAAUUCAGAAUCAAUUCUCUUCAAUCGAUUCCCCACCGAUCAGUCAGGCCGCAUUAAGCGUUUUCUCUUCCCCCACCAUGUUCAUUGUUAUGCCUCGCACAUUUUGACAAUUCCCUGGAUGCAACUUGAUGAUGGGGCUGUUCUCGUCUGCCCUCCACAAUCAACAUCCAUCUUAACCACGAUAUACAGCGCCAUUGACAUGGAGUGAAUGAGCAGCUUUUCGGAGGCCCUUUACACGCUCGACAUGAUGUUGUGCGCUGGUAUGGUAUGCUGUGCAGACUGUUCCUAUCAUCAUCGUCAUUGUGCCGUGUCUGUUUCCACAUAAUCCCCGUUUAGUCAGUGUUCAGUGAUGCGUAAUGGAUACGGCAUCCAAGAUGUAUAAGGGAAGGAGUCCACUUCCCGCUGCAAUGAAUAUCGGCCGUAAAUCCAAUCAGGACUUUGCCACAACGGCCUCUUCAUCGCCCACCAUCGAGCUGAGUAGUCCGAUGAUUGCGGCUAAUUCCCCGCUGACGGCCGCGUCCAAGGCCAGUGUCGGAUCCACGUCGGCGGUGCUGGAUACGGGCAGCAGUGCGCGGGAGAUCGGCCGGAAUAAUUCCAUGUUCGAGCGGGAUAACUCCUCGGCUGUUAUUCGGAACCCGAAAUCCCAUCGAUCCCCCAUGAAAGUGGCCCGGCCCUCGUCGGCCACACCGAAACGGAAAGUUUACGAUGAUUACAUUGACGACAGCUUAACAGGUUCUUUCACCGAUACGGAUGAUGAGGAGAGCGACACUUCUCCUCGCGACAAACUGCAGACCAACUCGCGCGGCGGCAAUGAUUUUUGUGUGCGUAGCAUGAAGCUGGCGGCCUUCGGACGGCGGGAAAUUGAAUUGGCUGAACUGGAGAUGCCGGGUCUGUUGAUCCUGCGCCGAAAGUCCCGAUCCGAGCAGCCAUUAAAGGAGGCACGCAUUAUGGUGUGCACACAUCUGGUGGCACAGUACGCGGUCUUAAUGGAAACGCUUAUAGAUCUGGGCGCUGAUAUCCGCUGUUGUGCCUGUAAUGUCGUCUCCACACAGAAUGAAGUGGCCGCCGCGCUGGCGGAAGCCGGCAUCCCCAUCUUCGGCUGGAGAGGCCAGACGGAGGGGGAUUUCUGGUGGUGUAUUGACAAAUGUGUGGCGGCUGAUGGAUGGAUGCCCAAUAUGAUCCUGGAUGAUGGGGGAGAUCUCACACACUGGCUGGUGAAGAAGUAUCCGGGUGUGCUGAAGGAGUGCCGGGGUAUUGUGGAGGAGAGCAUUACCGGUGUACAUCGGCUGCACCAGCUGGUCAAGGCCGGGAAAUUGCCUUGUCCGGCCAUUAACCUCACCGAAUGCAUAACGAAAUCCAAGUUUGAUAAUAUGUUCAGCUGUCGGGAAUCGGUCGUUGAAAGUUUGAAGCGGACCACCGACAUGAUGAUCGGCGGGAAACAGGUCCUAAUAUGCGGAUAUGGCGAAGUGGGUAAAGCCUGUUGCCGGUCCCUGCAGAGUAUGGGCGCGCAUGUUGUCGUCUCGGAGAUCGAUCCCAUCUGUGCGCUGCAAGCCUGUAUGGACGGAUUUAAAGUCGUUAAAGUGCCUGAAGUGAUUAAAGUGAUUGAUUUAGUCAUUACGGCCACUGGGAACAAGCGUGUGAUAACCCGUGAGCACAUGGACCGUAUGAAGAGCGGCGCGGUGCUGUGCAACAUGGGACAUAGUGAUAACGAGAUCGAUGUGUCCAGCCUGAAGACACCGGAACUGAUCUGGGAGCAUGUGCGCUCUUCUGUAGAUUAUGUUACCUGGCCAGACGGGCGCCGUUUGGUGCUACUAGCCGAGGGUCGUGUCCUCAACCAGAAUUGCUCAAGUUUACCCAGCAUUGUCCUUUCCAUUACCUGUGCUGCUCAGAUCAUUGCCUUGAUUGAAUUAUACAAUGCGGCGCCAGGAAAAUACCGGAACGACGUGUAUUUAUUGCCGAAGAAGAUGGACGAAUAUGUGGCACUGCUACAUUUGGACGGUUUUGAUGCCCACCUUACGGAAUUAACAGAUGAGCAAGCCCGCUACAUCGGAAUACUAAAAUCCGGACCUUUCAAAUCAGCCAAUUAUCGUUAUUAAAGCGGUGUUAAUAGAAUACGUGUGAAAUUUUUUUCUACUCGUAUUUUCGUGAUAAUGUUUAAAAGUUCCUGCCCGGUGCCGUUUGGCAUAUUUUUAACAGAUGGUCUGUAAUAUUUGGUCUGUAAUAGAGUUCAGAGCAAUACGGCUUUCGGCCCACUGUUAUUUAAUUGAUUCCUUUGUUUUCAUCGUGGUUUUUAAGUUAAUUGAGCUCUUUUUAAUAUUUUUGCAUUGUACGUGCGUCUUGGAAUAAGGGUUUCAGAAAAGGCA